AAAAAAACCUUCUGCGAAAGAGUUGGGAGAGAGGGAAGAGAGCCCGCUAAUAAUUCGACACAGAUUUUCACGAAAUUUUUCAAAACCCGCAAAUUCGCGAAAAAAACCCACCCAAAUCUCCCCGCCCCCUCCAAAAAAAAUUUUUGAUCCAUUUUUUCUCCCACCAUUUUUCCAUUCCAUUUCAUCACACUCUCACACCAGUUUCGUUUCCAGUUUUCUUCGUCCCCAUCUUCUUCAACUUGCCUUAGCAAAAAAAACCCUUUUCCCCUAAAGCCCUAAAACACUCACUGUACAUCUGUGCUCUGGAGCUGAUUUGAUUUGGGUUCAUGGCUUCGGACAACGAAACCCUUGAAGAGCAAAAGCCACAACCACCGGCAGAGGAGGCGAAGGCUGAAGAGGAGCAUGAAGGAGACCCGGAAGCUAAAGAGGAGGAGAAAGAGGAAGUGAAAGAAGAAGAAGAAGAGCAUGGAGAAAAGGGUUCUGAAGAUGAGGAGGUGAAGGAUGAGAAAGAAGAAAUGGAAGUUGAUACGGCUAAGUCUGAUGAUGGGGAGGAUAAAAUUGAUGAGGAAAAGAAGGGUUCUUCGACAAAAGGGAAAGAGAAGAGGAAGAGAAAGGAGAGGCCUCCGCCGGCAACACCCACAAUUGAUAGGCCGACUAGGGAGAGGAAGGUUGUGGAGAGAUAUACUGAGAGUGCUGCUGCUCGAGUUACUUCACCGAAGCCGUUCUCUAUCGAAAAGGGUCGGGGCACCUCACUUAAGGAUAUUCCUAAUGUGGCAUACAUGUUAUCCAAAAAGAAAGCUGAUGAGAACAUGCAGAUGCUUCACAGUAUCUUAUUUGGCAGGAAAACAAAGGCAAAUAUGUUGAAGAAAAAUAUAGGAAUGUUUUCAGGAUUUGCCUGGAUUGAAAGUGAGGAGGAAAAGCAAAGGGGAAAACUGAAGGAGAAGCUUGACAAAUGUGUUAAAGAGAAACUGUUUUAUUUCUGUGAGAUCCUCAAUAUCCCAGCUAGUAAAACUUCUUCAAAAAAGGAAGAACUCUCAGCAAAGUUGUUGGAGUUCCUUGAAUCUCCACAUGCUACUACUGAAACAUUACUUGCUGACAAGGAAAAGAAGAGUAAGAAACAAAAGGGGAAAGCUUCAUCUAGGAGAUCCUCAGGCUCUUCAGAUUCACAAAAGUCAGCAAAGAAACAAAAAGACUCCUCAGUUGGGGAAAAGCGCAAAAAUAUGUCUAAAAGUGAGGAUGAAGAAGAAGAUGGCGAUGCUGACCAUUCUGACAGCAAAGAGAACUCUUCUGGGGAGGAUGAAGAUGAUGCGAUUGCCAAAGAAGAGAGUGGCGAGGAGCAGAAUGAUUCAGAUGAAGAUGGGGAGGAGCAGGAAGAAUCCAAGAAGCAGAAAUCGUGCGAGAUAAGUUCUUCAAAGAAAAGUGCUAAGAAGGAAUCUGGGGAGCAAAGUAAGGAGAAAUCUAAAGCAAUUAAAAAGGACGGGCCAGCAAAAUCUCCAAAAAGCUCUGUUAAAGAUGACAAAAAGUCUUCCAGUUCAACGCCAAAGAAAGUUUCUUCCGAAUCUGACUCGGUUAAAUCCAAAAGUUCUAAAAAACAGAAGGUUGAAAAGGAGAGUGGGAAAGGAGGGGAUGGUUCUGCAAAAGAGAAAGCAUCUGGCAAUAAGCAGUCAAACAAGUCGUCGGCUAAAGUUUCAAAAGAUGAUUCAGGAAAAGGGAAAACUGUGAAGAAAGCUAAAGAGGAACCCAGCAAAGAGGAAAUGCAUACAGUGGUAGCGUCGAUUUUGAAGAAAGUAGAUUUCAACACGGCUACCUUGUCUGAUAUCCUCCGCCAACUAGGGGACCACUUUGGCGUGGAUCUAAUGCACCGAAAGACAGAGGUGAAGGCUAUAAUUACCGAUGCAAUUAAUAGUAUGACGGAUGAGGAGGACGAUGAGGAUGCCGAGGCUGGAAGUGAUCAGGAGAAAGAUGAGGAUGAGGACGAAGAUGAUUAGUUCAAGAUCAUAAGAACAGGGAUGACCCUUUGUCUUACAUAAUCUAGAAUGAAAAGAUGCAUUGUACAGGGGUUUUAACGCUGUAUGUGAGGGGGGAGAAAAGGAGAAAAAAAACCACAGCAUCAUCUUAUUUUAAUCUACUUGUUGCGGAUUAAGGCACCAAAAUAGGGUGCCUGUAUCAUAAACAUAACCAUGCCAGAAUUAAACUGUGUUAGUUCUCACUUUAGGGAUUGCCAGAUUUUGAUCCUUCUGUCUUUAGCAUUUCAGCUUGGAUGUUGUAGAUGUUGCAAAGUGUAAUCAUUUGAUUUUAAAUUUUACCCCCAGAUCCUAGAAAGUUUGCCUUGGGUUCACUCGUUUUAAUUGUAAUGUUGCUUUCCUUUUAUUUCUUGCUAUAUUUGAUGUGCACAGCCGGGAUGUUAUCUUUCUCAAUCAAUAUCACCAUACUUGUAGUACUUUGAAAUGUUAAAUGGUUGUAAUUUGUUUUGUUUUGCAACGUACGAACAAUUGAACACGUGUUAGAUGGAUAUUUUUGAUAAAACAGUAUCAUUAUAAGAGCAG